AUGCGCCUCACCCGCCUCCUCCCGACCUCUCUCCUACCACCAGCUGUCCCAACAGCCCGUUCCCUCCCCACACAAUGCCUCCUCCGAACCCAUAAUAACCCCCCGAUCACCAUCCGCCCGGGUAUCCUCUCCGCGCCGCACCAAACAACAAGCCCAACCCGGACCUUCACUACCACCCACCCCAAACCUUCCCCCUCCCCCUUCCGCCUAACCAGCACCCCGAGCCCUAAGAACCCUCCGCCCUCGACCGACGAAUUCCACGCCGAACCCGACCAUGGCCACGACCACAACACCACAGACGCCUACUAUAGUCCCUACAAACCCAAGCGCCAAUGGCCCCCGGACAUGUCGAAGCUCUCGCCGAAGCACCAAUUCCGGCUCGAGCGCAAGUACCGGCGGCGCGCGGCGCUGAAGUAUGCCCGGCCCAAGUGGACCAAGUUCACUAAGUUGGUGCAGUGGUUUAGUAUUGGGUUUGUUCUGAUUUAUGCGAUGUUGUUUAUGGAGUGGGAUGAGAGGGGAAGUCCUUUUGAUGAGAUUCGGAAGGCUUUCUUUGGAGGGUUGAAGGGAGCAUUUUCCACGCCUGCGCCGCCGAGGCCCGUGAGGGAGGCCGCCGGGGAGAAAGAUCGAGAGUAA